UGUGAAAGCUGGCCUGAUCUAUAUUUCUUUAGCAGAUCAUCAUGGCCAAGCUAUCUUCGAAAGAGAUCUUCGCGCUGGAGGACAAGUAUGGCUGCCGGAACUAUGCCCCCGUGCCGGUGGCACUCACCCGUGGUGAAGGUGUAUUCGUGUGGGACGUGGAAGGCAAGAAGUACUAUGACUUCUUGAGCGCGUACUCGGCAGUGAACCAAGGACACUGCCACCCUCGUAUCAUCAACGCCCUCCAGAAGCAGGCCAGCCAACUUACACUGGUCUCCAGAGCAUUCUACUCCGACAAGCUAGGAGAAUAUGAGAAGUUCAUGACUGGUUUGCUGGGUUACGACCGACUGCUGCCCAUGAACACCGGCGUCGAAGGCGGCGAGAGCGCCUGCAAGAUCGCUCGCAAGUGGGGAUAUGAUGUUAAGAAGAUCCCGCCUAAGCAGGCUAAGAUAAUUUUCGCAGAGGGCAACUUCUGGGGUCGCACAAUGUCGGCUUGCUCGGCAUCUUCAGACCCCGACUGCUACACGGGUUUCGGACCCUACAUGCCUGGCUUCGAGCUUAUCCCCUACAACGACAUCCCAGCUCUUGAGAAAGCGCUACAGGACCCGAACGUGGCCGCGUUCAUGGUAGAACCAAUCCAAGGAGAAGCGGGUGUAGUCAUCCCGGACGACGGAUACCUCAGGAAGGUGCGCGAGCUCUGCACCAAGUACAACGUACUGUGGAUUUCUGAUGAGGUCCAAACAGGAUUAGGACGCACAGGCAAGCUUCUGGCGGUGCACCACGAGAACGUGAGGCCGGACAUCGUGAUCCUCGGCAAGGCGCUGAGCGGCGGCGUGCUGCCCGUGUCCGCGGUGCUCACGGACAGUCGAGUCAUGGACGUAAUUACUCCUGGUACACACGGUUCCACAUACGGAGGAAACCCACUGGCGUGCGCUGUGGCUACGGAAGCUAUCAAGGUGCUGCUGGAAGAGAAGCUGUGCUCUAACGCGGCGCGGCUGGAGAGCGUGCUGCGCGCGGAGCUGGAGAGGAUCCCCGCGAGCGCCGUCACCGCCGUGCGCGGCCGCGGGCUCAUGUUCGCGCUCGUCGUUAACGACAAUAUUCCCGCGUACGACGUCGUUCUACGAUUGCGCGAUGCCGGUUUGCUGACCAAAACCACUCACGGACAAGUAAUCCGCCUGGCGCCGCCGCUGACGAUCACGGAGCAGCAGCUGCGCGAUGCUUGCAAGAUCAUGCGCGAUGUUUUCCUUUCAUUUAGCAAUUAAAGUUUAUUAUACACCA